AUGGGCGUCCCGACGCCUAAACCAUGGUCGGCCGUCCCCAAGGACCUGAGAGAGAAAGUCCACGGCAUCCUCGUGCUGAAGAUGGGCUUUACCGCAGAAGAUCUCGCCUUGUUCCCACAACUGAAAGUCAUCGUCCGGAUGGGAGUCGGCUAUGACCGUCUAGACCGGGUCGCCCUGGCCAAACGAAACGUCACUGUCUGCAAUGUCCCUGACUACGGCACCGCCGAAAUCGCCGAUCACGCAAUCGCCCUGGCUCUCUCCCUCCGGCGCGGGAUCCUCUUCCACCACGAACUCCAGCGCGAACCACACAUCGAACCAUGGGCUGUAAUCGACACGCCGCUCGUAGCACGUCUGCGAGACGCAACAUUCGGCAUCCUCGGUCUCGGACGUAUAGGCACGGCGGCUGCACUCCGUGCCAAGGUGUUUGGUUGGAAGGUUAUAUUCUACGACCCCUAUGUUGCGAACGGGUUUGAUAAGGCCAUUGGCGUUGAGAGGGUACGGGAUAUCGAGGAGCUGUUUCGGCGGAGUAGCUGUUUGAGUAUCCAUUGCUCGUGUACGCGGGAAACGCGCGAUAUGGUGGGCUGGGAUUUGGUUGGGUUGAUGCCGCAGGGAUCGGUGUUGGUGAAUACAGGCCGUGGGGAGGUGUUGAGUCUUGAUGCUGUUGAGAGGGGGCUAAAGGAGGGGUUGUUGGCUGGGGCUGGCUUGGAUGUUUUACCUGAAGAGCCGAUACCUGAGGAUAGAGUGCAUUCGCUUGUGCGUGCGUAUAGAAGGAAGGAGGACUGGUUGCUGGGUAGGCUGGUCUUGACCUGCCAUACUGCGUUUUAUUGCCCCGAGAGCUUUGAUGAGAUUCGGACGAAGAGUGUCGAGACCAUGAGGGAUGUGCUGAUUGAUGGGGGAAGCAGCAAUGUGAUAUUACCCAGUAUGAGUUAG